CGCAUUCCAGCUUAGUCGUGUUCCAGUAACGUUUACGCGCGCAGCGACACAAAUUUUCACUAGAGCAAACGUCCUGGCAAACCCAACGAAAGACAAAUAUAAAUAAAACAGCAAACAGCAAACAGCAAACAGCAAAAGCUAAAGAACAAGAAACAGUAUGUCUGCCAGAAUUCUUGAAGACUCGCCCAAUGCGCGCAUCAACAAGACCAUCUUGGACCGUUAUCUGGCGCUGCCGCUAGAGGAUAACAUUGUGCAGGCCACCUACGUGUGGAUCGAUGGCACCGGCGAGGAUCUGCGCUGCAAGGAUCGCACCCUCGACUUCAUACCCUCCAGCCCCAAGGAGUUGCCCGUGUGGAACUACGAUGGCAGCUCGUGCUAUCAGGCGGAGGGCAGCAACUCGGACACCUAUCUGUAUCCGGUGGCCAUGUACAAGGAUCCGUUUAGACGCGGCAACAACAUCCUGGUCAUGUGCGACACCUACAAGUACGAUGGCACCCCCACGGCGACGAACAAACGCAAGUCCUGCCUGGAGGUCGUCAACAAGUGCACGGCGGAGGAGCCCUGGUUUGGCAUCGAGCAGGAGUACACGUUCCUCGACUUUGACGGCCAUCCGCUGGGCUGGCCCAAGAACGGUUUCCCCGGACCCCAGGGCCCCUACUACUGCGGCGUGGGCGCCAACAAGGUCUAUGCCCGCGACAUUGUGGAUGCGCAUUAUCGCGCCUGUCUCUACGCCGGCGUCAAGGUGUCCGGCACCAAUGCGGAGGUGAUGCCCGCCCAGUGGGAGUUCCAGGUGGGCCCCUGUCUAGGCAUCUCCAUCGGCGACGAUCUGUGGAUGGCGCGCUUCCUCUUGCAUCGCAUCUCCGAGGAGUUUGGCAUUGUCGCCACUCUGGAUCCCAAGCCCAUGCCGGGUGACUGGAACGGUGCUGGUGCCCAUACCAAUGUGUCCACCAAGGCGAUGCGCGAAGACGGCGGCAUCCAGGAAAUCGAGAAGGCCGUCGCCAAGCUCUCCAAGUGCCAUGAGCGUCACAUUCGCGCCUACGAUCCCAAGCAGGGCCAGGACAACGCCCGCCGCCUGACCGGCAAGCACGAGACGAGCUCGAUCAACGACUUCAGCGCCGGCGUGGCCAACCGUGGCUGCAGCAUACGCAUUCCGCGCGGCGUCCACAGCGACGGCAAGGGCUACUUCGAGGAUCGUCGCCCCAGCUCCAACUGCGAUCCCUACUCCGUUGUGGAGGCCAUAUUGCGCACCAUCUGCCUGGACGAGUAGGGCGGCAUAUGCACACUUUAUAGCUUGACCUGGACCCGGACCCGCCCACAAAUCACGGCGGAGUAACCAUAUAGACGUAGCCAUACGCAAUCAAAACUAUAUACUAUAUAUUCUAUGUGUAACCAACGUAGCCUUUCCUUCCUUACGUUUUUUUUUUGUCGACCUCUAAAUGAAUUACCAUCUAAGCAGCUGUUAAAGAUAACUCGAUAUAUAUAUUUUUUUGUUUUUUUUUUUUUAUAAUUGUUGAGCAUUGUUGUUAGGUUAUAGACAUUAACGGAACACGUUGAAGAAGAAGAAGAAUAAUUAGGUUUAAAGCUGUGCGUCGAUCGAUCAAUUAUUGCCUGCUCAAGGGCCCGCAAAAUUACCAAGUAUACCCAA